AUGUGCGCAGCACAAACAGAAACAAGUAGUUUUCGUGCAUGUACUUCUAAUUUAACAUGUACAGACAAUACCACUGUUUGUGUAAUAAACAGCUGUUUUGGUCAACCAUUAUGUUAUCCAUUGUCGUACGCAGAUAACAGUACAUGUCCACCUUCUACUGGUACGUCGACGUCUAGAAGCACUGAGUCAACAACAUCAUAUCAACAAUCAGGUAGUGGUGGUGGUGGUGGCGACGGUGGCCUCGACAUCGAGGUGGGAGUUGGAGUUGGAGCGGGAAUUGCGGCAAGCACCAUCGGUGGAAUAGUAGCAGGAGUAGUUGUACUUGUGGUGGUGGUCGUCCUUAUCAUACUUAAACUCUUAGGCAUCUUGAAGCCUUGUUAA